AGGAAGUUGUUGGACCCUGGUUUGUCGUCGUCCUCCAGGCAGAGCAUGUUCCUGAACCUUCUGUAUAAGUCUCUGAAGGCGGACAUCGUUCUGCGGCGAGUCAAAGCCUUCGUGAAGCGCCUGCUGCAGGUCAGCGCCGAGCAGAACGCCAGCUUCGCCUGCGGGGCGCUCUUCCUCGUGUCCGAGGUGAUGAGGGCCAAACCCAGCCUGAAGGUUCUGCUGCAGCAGGAGGAGGAUGAAGACGAGGAGGAGUUCAAAGACCUGGCUGAAGAGAAGGAGGACGAUGAUGAAGAGGAGCGCUUCGUGGACGCAGACAAACUGGAGGAAGGAGCGGCGAGCGAGGAGUCGGUGAAGGCGAAGCCCGCGGCAUCGUGGGUCCAUCAUCAGAACCUGGAAGGAGGAAAGAAGAUCCAGACUUACGACCCUCUGCACAGAAACCCGUUAUACUGCGGCGCUGACCGAACGACUCUGUGGGAGCUGCAGAGGCUCUCCCAGCACUUCCACCCGUCCGUGUCGCUGUUCGCCAAAACCAUCCUGCAGGGAGACCCCAUCCAGUACUCGGGCGACCCUCUGCAGGACUUCACCCUCAUCAGGUUCUUGGAUCGCUUCGUCUUCAGGAACCCCAAACAGCUGAGAGGAAAACAGAACACAGACGCUGCAGCGAUGAUGCCCAAACAGAGGAUACCCCUCAAAUCUCUCCCCGUGAACUGUGAGGAGUUCCUGUCCAAAGACGAGAGUCAGAUCUCUGUGGAUGAGAUCUUCUUCCAUCGCUUCUUUAAGAAGCGUCAGCAGGAGAAGCAGCUCCGCCGGCCUCGAGCAGACGGAGACAACGAGAGCGUGGAGGACGUGGACGAUGAAGAGUUUGAGAAGUUACUGGACUCCGCUGAGGGAGACUCGUACUUCACAGAGAUGGCCGAGGAGGAUCUGGACUUUGCCGGAAACGUGAAGAGUAAGAAAGGAAAGAAGAACCAGCAGGACUCGGACUCUGACGACUCGGACGUGGACGACCUGGACGAUGAGGAGGUGUCUCUGGGCAGCAUGGACGAGGAGGACUUUGGAGACGAGCUGGAGGAGGACGGAGGGAUGUUCAUGGAUGCUGACGGAGGCGGAGACGACGAUGACGAUGAAGAAGUUCCUGAGCUUGAGGACGAUGCUGCGUUCGAUGAUUCAGACGAGGAGGUGGAAGCUCCAGACAUCACUCCUCGCUCCAAGAAAGGGAAGAGGAAAUCCACAGAGGAGCUUGACUUCUCUGGAUCCUCAGGCUCCAAACAGGCGAAGAAGAAGAAAGGAAAGAAAGACACCGCCAUGUUUGUGUCUGCUGAUGAGUUUGGCUCUCUGUUGGACGAGAACGCCGGCUCCAAGUUUGACAACAUCGGGCUGAACGCCAUGGCCAACAAAGACAAAGCAGGUGUGAAGCAGCUGAAGUGGGAGGCUCAACGUGACGACUGGAUCCAAGGCCGAGACGCCAAGACGCUGCGCAAGAAGAAGACGAUGUUCAACAAGAAGAAGUCGUUCGGCCGAGCGAGGGCGGGAGGCAAAGCGCUCGGGAACAAGAAGAGGAAGAAGUAACGGCUGCCGUGUGUUUGAUGUCGUGGAUUUAAAAGGACCCACAGAGUCACUCCUGUUUGGCCGACCAGGCUUCGUGGUCUCUCUCUCGGACCCCGUAGACGCCGGCCCACUCGUUGGACUGGUAAUAAACUGAGGAGAGAGAGAGAGAGAGAGGAGGGGUUCAGAUCCAGAUUAAAACACACUGCUGGAUUAACUCUGACCUGAGGAGGAGCCGGGUUAAGACUUUGGAGAACAGGAGAUUGUUUUUCAUGCUUACAUGUUUAUGAUGCAUUUAAAUUUUCAUACAGAAAUAAUGUUCUUGUAUCUUUGACAAUGUACAGAUUCAUAAAUCAAAUUAAAGUUAUUCAGGUUUUCAGACA